UCUUCCUCUCUCUAUCCACUGAGGCAAGUCGAAGCAAGCCUCUCACAAAGCGCAUAUAAGGAGGAGGCGUCAAGCCUCUGUCAGGCUCCUCUCAAUCCAAGCGAUGCCAGCAUGAAAACACGAACAGCCUGGUCACUCUACGGCCUGCUGGUUGCCCUACGCCUCGCCCUCGCGAUAUUCGGCACUGGGUACAUCCACCCAGACGAAUACUUCCAAGGGCCAGAGGCUGCCCUCUCUGACCAGCUGCAAGCCGUAAAGACAUGGGAGUUCGAUCCAACCUCUCCUUGCCGCUCUAUGGCUAGCGUCAAGCUCUUCAAUCUGCCAGUCGUCUUGCUCAAGUGGUUGAGUGAGGAACGCGUUGACGGGUGGACGCUCUUCAUUACGCAGCGACUUACCAGCUUUGCGCUGAGCAUACUGGUGGACUGCUGUUUGGCCGCGCUCCUCUACUCAUCUUCAAGAUCCAUCAAGCUCAAUGAGGGCCGCGCUUCGACCGCCCUCCUUCUGUACGCCUCAAGCGGCGCGACGCUCAGCUUCGCCCUCCGUUCCUUGACCAAUAAUGUCGAGGCGGCCAUCCUCUGUGUCUGCUUCGUCCUCGUACAACAGCUGCAUCGAGAAGUAGAGCAAUGGAAUACAAUAACAGGACAAGACCGCAGCCUUUCAUUCUGGUCGGCCAUCUCCUCCUUGUUGGGGUUCCUGGUAGCGCUGGGCACCUUCUCCCGCUUUACUUUUGUGGUCUUUGCGGCACCGCUGGGCGUGUACUACAUUGGGCUUGUGUGGCGCCUGUCCGGCUUGGCUACGGCUAGAACGACAGUAGCAGACAACGAAGACGUGUCCAUGACGCCAGCAUCGCUGCGUCGCCCCCUCAAAGCCCUCAUCCUACUCUCUGACUCCCUCAACGGUCUCCUGCUCUGCUCCCUCGCUCACGUACUCUACGAUACGGUAUACUACCGCCUCGUUAUCCAAAAAGCAGCACAUGCAGCAUCUGGCUCUGCCACCCAGUACGUCUCCCUGAGCCUCCUCUUUGAGCGGAUGGGCAUAACGCCCGUCCUCAAUCGGCUCGCAAACCUCUCUUCCUGGCCGUUGACGGUCGCGCCAUGGAAUGCACUGCGCUACAAUAUGAGGGAAGAGAACCUCGCACAGCAUGGCUUGCACCCACGCUGGUUGCAUGUAGGCGUCAACGCGCCUAUGAUUGUAGGUUCUGCAGCGCUUUGGCUGGGUUGCUGUACGGCUAUGGUCAAGCAACUAGGCUCAUUUGGACCGGCAAGGAGGCAGAGGGCAACGGAGCAGGAGCAGGCUUCCUUCCCACUGGGUAUGCUCAGUCUCUGCACCAUUGCUCUCUGCCUCGCAAUUUUGUCGUCCCAGCCGCACCAGGAGCCACGCUUCCUCUUGCCUCUGGUAGCGCCGGCUAUCUUGCUGGUGGUGCUGGGUAGCGAUUCCGGAGAUGAGGACGACUCCAAUGGACCAUCUUCCUCAACAGCCGAGGGAAAGCCGCAGCGGAAAUUGCGCAGCAGCCGCUCCCUCCUACGACCCAUCCUGAUGACCUUGCACUUGCUGCAAGCAGCCGGAAUGGUGAUCUUCUUCUCCCUUGCCCAUCAGGGAGGCGUUGCUCCCGCUUUGCUCAGGGUGGGGGAGGAGGUGCACCUUCUGCAAGACCAUCUCGUGCAGGCGACGAAUGCCACAGCUGGGCCCACCGUAUCCUCGUCGUCGUCGUCAGACUGGUUCCCUGACAGCGAGGGCAAGACGGGUCCAGUGCAGGUAGACAUCCACUUCUGGCGGGCUUUCAUGCCUCCGCGACACCUCUUGGCAUUGCCUCUGCCGGCUGAAGGCAGUAACGGUGAUCACGUCCAGGUGCGAGUCAGCGUGCAUGACCACUCCUCGCAAGCUGAUCCGCUUCUCGAGAUACAGCGCUUGCACGAGGAGGCAGCCUCAGCUGAGCAUCACCAGCUCCUCGUCGCCCCAGCCUGGGCGUUGGAUCCAUUGGUACCCACGCUGGAGGGCAGAGGGCGUCUGGAGCAUCUUGCCUCCUUCUCUCCGCACCUCGAUGCUGAUCAUCUGGGCGAGGCGUGGGAGCUAAUCAAGGCGAGAUACGAGCGCGCGAUGGUGAGGAGAGGGCUGGUCGGCGUGGGCUGGAUGCAAAGAGGCACUGCAGCGUUUGAGGCGUUGAGAGGUGGACUUGCAUUGCAGGUUAUGCGUGUCAGCAGUACAGGUGCGGUCACGCAGAAUGUUGAGCAGUGAGAAUGAGGAAUCGUACUACCCUUAUCUGUCACAAUCGGAUUCGCAUCGCCUUCACAUGAUCAUGCGUGUACACAUCUCAUGAUAU